CCGUAAGCAAGGAGUGCGGCCAGUUUAACUUGCUUGCCUGCUUAUGCUUCCCGUCUAUGGUACCGUCAAGGGUUUUGCGAAGCUAUUUGCAGGUCGUUGGGGUUUUCAUUUUGCACUAGAGAAAUUGGUCUGCUCGACAGGAACAAUGUCUUCCAUACGAAAAGCGAGUAAGGCUGCGGCGGGCGGGCGAGCUCACAAGGAGCGGUCGCAGCCGGGCCACCGAGCCCGUUAUGGAUUGCUGGAGAAGCAUAAGGACUAUGUGCUGCGUGCCAAGGAUUUUCACAAGAAGGAGCAGCACAUCCGGAAGUUGAAGGAGAAAGCAGCGAGCCGCAAUCCCGAUGAGUUCUACUUUAAGAUGGUCCACUCCAAGACGGUGAACGGCAUUCACAGGGAUGAAUCGGGCGGAAAAGUGUACACGCAAGAGGAGCUGAAGUUGCUGAGGACUCAAGACGUCGGGCACCUAAUUAGCAGGGCGCAGAGUGAGCUGAAGAAGGUGGAGAGAUUGCGAUCUUCACAUCUUCCUAUAACCGCUAAUGAUAACAAGCAUGUUUAUUAUGUGGAGGAUGGUGAUGAAGUCGAGGGUGUUCGGGAGAGAGCGGAGAAUCGGCCGGCGGAGCCUUUUCAUGUACCUAGGAUUCGGAAGAAGGUAACCGAGGAGAUUCAGCAGCGGAGUGAGCGGGCGACGAAUCUGCGGAACAUGGCUGCAGAAGUAGAAUUACAGAAGCAGCUGAGUGGAAAAGGCAGAAAGAGAAAGCUCCGACCUAGCGAAAUGGAAAAUCCUUCAGAUAAGCCUGUGUUCCGAUGGAAAAUUGAGAGAAAGCGAUGAUUGCCAGGUCCCGUAAUAUAUAGCCCCAACUCAGGGCAUAGCUGGAGCAGAACAUUGGGAAGAUUGGUUUAACUUACUUGGAAUGGCCUCUACAUGCGCGCACUCAAGCAACUGCUCUGUGAAAGGCGAAUAACUUGAGGGUCAUCGUGAUUACUGGAACUUCCAAAUUUUAAAAUUUAUCUAUUCAGCUGUAAACCACUCGAUUCUUGGUAAUUAGCCUGAAUGAUAGCUUGUCAAGGGUUUUUACAGCUAACGUUGACCAUGAAAUGCGUGAAAUGCGACCACAGUGAUGGAGGUGCAAUUUUUGGAUUAAUUGUUCUUAUUUAAAAGUUGGGGGUGAGUGGACGUGGAGCCUCCAAAGCUUGGAAACGGGAUGUUUGAAGCUUAGGACUGGUUCGCAAAAUGAAACACUUGAGGUUGGUAUUUGAACUUCAGUUUUAAAAGACUAGAGUUUUGGCCGAGUUUUGAGCUGCUACAGGAAUAAGGGUUUUCUGUCACUCGUUUUUGGAUGUUGGGUUGCAUUCACAACAUGGUCAACCUUGGUGCCUUAAUCCAUAUGAGUGCGAGGUGGAUUCUGCCGCUCUGCCCAGCUCCAUCCGAAUUAGUCGGCAAGGUAAGAUUUGGUCGGGUGCGAAGAAAAUUAUUCACUAUUUUGUGAACAUGUAUCAUUUCUUACAGUAUAUUUCUUGAACUUUAGUUCAGAUGCCGAAAACGGAAGUUGGGUCGAGUUUUCCAGAUGGAAAUCAUGUGUGGGUUUUGCAAAACUCAUGUUAUUAUCAUUCGAUGAUGUGUUGAGAGAGUGUUUCAUUUUCUAAAUAAUGUCCUUAGUCACAACAUUACAUUUUCAUUUUA